CAGUAGACAUUAAUGGCAUCCAAGUAAAAGCUCCAACUGUGUCUGUGGAAACAUCUGGUAUCCAAGUCAGUAGUGUAACUGUAUCAGCAGAGUCCAGUACACCAGCCAAAGACACACCUAAACAAGCGGGGACUCCCAACGUGUUCAAUAAGAUGUUUAAGAAGAAGUCUGAGCUUGUUUUUCCUGGACCUGAGGCUAACGUGUCUGCUGAACUACAGACCGACAGCCAGAUACCUAAGCCAACACCAGCAUCAGUAGACAUUAAUGGCAUCCAAGUAAAAGCUCCAACUGUGUCUGUGGAAACAUCUGGUAUUCAAUUGAAUAGUCUAACUGUAUCAGCAGAGUCCAGUACACCAGCCAAAGACACACCUAAACAAGCGGGGACUCCUAAUGUGUUCAAUAAGAUGUUUAAGAAGAAGUCUGGGCUACUGUCUCUUGAAACUGAGGCUAACGUGUCUGCUGAUCUACAGACCGACAGCCAGAUACCUAAGCCAACACCAGCAUCAGUAGACAUUAAUGGCAUCCAAGUAAAAGCUCCAACUGUGUCUGUGGAAACAUCUGGUAUCCAAGUCAGUGGUGUAACUGUAUCAGCAGAGUCCAGUACACCAGCCAAAGACACACCUAAACAAGCCGGGACUCCCAACGUGUUCAAUAAGAUGUUUAAGAAGAAGUCUGAGCUUGUUUUUCCUGGACCUGAGGCUAACGUGUCUGCUGAACUACAGACCGACAGCCAGAUACCUAAGCCAACACCAGCAUCAGUAGACAUUAAUGGCAUCCAAGUAAAAGCUCCAACUGUGUCUGUGGAAACAUCAGGUAUACAAGUCAGUGGUGUAACUGUAUCAGCAGAGUCCAGUACACCAGCCAAAGACACACCUAAACAAGCGGGGACUCCCAACGUGUUCAAUAAGAUGUUUAAGAAGAAGUCUGAGCUUGUUUUUCCUGGACCUGAGGCUAACGUGUCUGCUGAACUACAGACCAACAGCCAGAUACCUAAACCAACACCAGCAUCAGUAGACAUUAAUGGCAUCCAAGUAAAAGCUCCAACUGUGUCUGUGGAAACAUCUGGUAUCCAAUUGAAUAGUCUAACUGUAUCAGCAGAGUCCAGUACACCAGCCAAAGACACACCUAAACAAGCAGGGACUCCAAACGUGUUCAAUAAGAUGUUUAAGAAGAAGUCUGGGCUACUGUCUCUUGAAACUGAGGCUAACGUGUCUGCUGAACUACAGACCGACAGUCAGAUACCUAAGCCAACACCAGCAUCAGUAGACAUUAAUGGCAUCCAAGUAAAAGCUCCAACUGUGUCUGUGGAAACAUCUGGUAUCCAAGUCAGUGGUGUAACUGUAUCAGCAGAGUCCAGUACACCAGCCAAAGACACACCUAAACAAGCGGGGACUCCCAACGUGUUUAAUAAGAUGUUUAAGAAGAAGUCUGAGCUUGUUUUUCCUGGACCUGAGGCUAACGUGUCUGCUGAACUACAGACCGACAGCCAGAUACCUAAGCCAACACCAGCAUCAGUAGACGCUAAUGGCAUUCAAGUAAAAGCUCCAACUGUGUCUGUGGAAACAUCUGGUAUCCAAGUCAGUGGUGUAACUGUAUCAGCAGAGUCCAGUACACCAGCCAAAGACACAUCUAAACAAGCGGGGACUUCCAACGUGUUCAAUAAGAUGUUUAAGAAGAAGUCUGGGCUACCUUUUCUUGAAACUGAGGCUAACGUGUCUGCUGAACUACAGACCGACAGCCAGAUACCUAAACCAACACCAGCAUCAGUAGACAUUAAUGGCAUCCAAGUAAAAGCUCCAACUGUGUCUGUGGAAACAUCUGGUAUCCAACUGAAUAGUCUAACUGUAUCAGCAGAGUCCAGUACACCAGCCAAAGACACACCUAAACAAGCGGGGACUCCAAACGUGUUCAAUAAGAUGUUUAAGAAGAAGUCUGGGCUACUGUCUCUUGAAACUGAGGCUAACGUGUCUGCUGAUCUACAGACCGACAGCCAGAUACCUAAGCCAACACCAGCAUCAGUAGACAUUAAUGGCAUCCAAGUAAAAGCUCCAACUGUGUCUGUGGAAACAUCUGGUAUCCAAGUCAGUGGUGUAACUGUAUCAGCAGAGUCCAGUACACCAGCCAAAGACACACCUAAACAAGCGGGGACUCCCAACGUGUUUAAUAAGAUGUUUAAGAAGAAGUCUGAGCUUGUUUUUCCUGGACCUGAGGCUAACGUGUCUGCUGAACUACAGACCGACAGCCAGAUACCUAAGCCAACACCAGCAUCAGUAGAUGCUAAUGGCAUCCAAGUAAAAGCUCCAACUGUGUCUGUGGAAACAUCUGGAAUCCAAGUCAGUGGUGUAACUGUAUCAGCAGAGUCCAGUACACCAGCCAAAGACACAUCUAAACAAGCAGGGACUCCCAACAUGUUCAAUAAGAUGUUUAAGAAGAAUUCUGGGCUACUUUGUUUUGAACCUGAGGCUAAUGUGGCUGCUGAACUAGCAAUUGUCCCUAAAGUACAGACAGACAGCCAGAUUCCUGAGCCUACAGACAUAAAGGCAAGUACACAGCCUGAGAAACAGCCACAGGGUGAAGAUCCCACUGAGGUCACGCAAGACAGCACCCAACCUGAGCAGACCGGCACCGAGGAAAACUCAGUUAUGAACUUUUUCAAAACACUUGUGUCUUCAACCAAAACGACGAAAGAAGCGACGCCUAGUCCUGAUGUCUCGAAAGAACAACAGUCACACAAAGAAACUCCACCAGCUCCAGCUGCAAAUUUACAGGAAGCAUCAAAGAUCCCCCCUCCUCCACCACCAGCACCACCCAAGAUGGAGAGUAAAGCAGAGCCAGCUGUAAAGAAAGAGGAGGCCCCGGUGGCAGAAGCAGCAGCUGGCUUAGCCAAAGAACCGGAGACCCCCAGCAAAGCCAAAACUAAAGACAGCCCAUUUGGCAAACUCUUCCGUACAAAGGUAUUGCUAGGCAAGAAGGCAUCAAAAGGUGGAGCCAAAGUGCCUGCCAAGACAUCAUCAGCGUCUGCUGUGAAGGAGGAAGCAAAGCCAGUUGGGAUACAGGUAGAUCCAUCCAAGACCAGCACCCUUGAGGCCGGUGCCAAACCCGAACCUCCCCCAGCACCCAAACCAGAAGACAAGAAGGCAGAGAAAAAGCCCUCACCUUUUGCCAACUUGCUCAAACCAAAGGUAUUGCUAGGCCAAGUGAGCUCUAGGAUCCAUGCAGCUGCAUCGAGCGUCGCAGCUGGCAUCUCCCUUGGUGCUGGAGGAGCGGCUACAGAGUCCAAGAAGGAAGCUGCUGCAGCUCCCCCUGCACCUGCAGAGGCCGGCCCAAACACCAAGGCCAAAGAAGAGCCCAAACCAGCUGCUGCUCCUGCUGGGGCUUCAUCAGACAACAAGUCGGUGGGGAGUACAGAUAAUUCUUCACCCAGCGGCUCCCGCAAACUAGAGAAGAGAAACUCUAUCCAUCUUUUCUUUAAAAACCUGGGUCAAAAACGCCAUUCUGACGCCGGAGUGCAAACGGAGCCCGUGGCACCGGAGAAGGCCAAAUAAGAACCUUGCUUUGGUUUCAUCAUCUGCACAGAAAACACGCUUUGCUUGUACAUAGGUAUUCUUAUCUGAAUGUCCUGACCAGAGCCCAGGGAUUAAUUCCAAUUUAGUCUCCACUACUGAGGUGAACUGAGAAAGUAUCAUAUAAAUGGCCAUUCCAAUCAUUCAUUCCCAUUGUCAAGAAUUCUUGGGUUGAGCUUAAAUACUCACUUAAGUCACUUAAUAAAAGUUGAUUCUUUUGAGGACCAAAUUUGCAAGAUGUAUAAAAACACGCAAUAGGAAGCCUUAAGGCUUUGCACGUUUUGCAAGAACUGCGAUGGAGGAGAGUUGAAAAGGUGAUUUUGCAAUAUUACAAUGACAUGCUGUUCCUCUUAAAUAGGAACAUUAAUGCAAAAAAAAUAUAUACUGUCACAAUACAAUUAACUCCUCUAUAUGAUGGUUAUCACAUGCAAGUUGUUUUACAACAACUGACUUGUUUCCAGCUUUUGAUUUAAAAAAAAAAAAGAAAUUGUAGACCUGAUUUUCGCACAUUUGUGCACAAUAAUCAUUCAUACGGCUGUAAAAACAAUCUGCAAAGACUUACUCAUUCCAUUACAGCGUCUCAUCAAAACCUCCAACCUUCUCACUCAGUUGUUGUUUGGUAGUAACAAUAAUUACAAUGUUAGUUCUUAAAACAUUCAUUGGCUAUCGCUAGUAUUUCAUGCUAACGCAUAUUCUACUAACAUAUUAUCAUUGUCACACUCUUACACAUCACACACAGGCUUUAUUAUUGAAUAGAUUAGUCAUUAGUGUUUUAAAAUGGGCACUCCUUUUUUUUGGUACUACCUAAAACUUAUGCUCAAGCCUUUACUAAGUAUAUAAAAAUAUAUAUUGAAAAAUAGCACAUGGGGGGAAAAUCCAUCUGGUUUCUCUUAUUUUCUCACGUAUUUAAAUCUCACUGGCUUUUGGUGGAUCCAGUUAAAUGCUUUCUGUGAAAUAGUAUUGAGUAGGAAAUUUUCUGUCUGUUUUACUGCUCAUUUAAAGAGAACUUUUCCCUUUUUCAUAUAUUCAGAUUUUUAUUUUAUUUCUGAAUUUGACAGACAGACUUUUUUUUUGGCUUGUAAUCAACUAAUGUCAAAAGAAUCUUUGGUCUCUGUAAUUGUAAUUAUGCAUCUUUGUUAAUAAAAAUGUAAGGGUACACCA